CUUCACAUACACAUCACGUUCAUUGAUACGUAUUACUAAUAUACUAAUAUAUACAAUCACAAAAAGAGUAUGUCGUCGGCGACAUGGCUAUAUCGAGCAUUUGAAGUAUCCCAAAUUGUAGUAAUUUUGCUGUAUUGCCUGUUCCGACACAUCAGUUGUCUUGAGGGCUACUGGAUAGAAUCGACUUCACUCAGAAACUAUCAACCAGACUCCAAACUCGUCUCAACGACAGCGUCUAGUCAUUAUGCCUGUAUGAUGCAAUGUCUAAUGACGGACGGAUGUUGUUUUAUUUCCUAUGUAACAGUCAAUUCCACCUGUGUACGUCAUCUCGGUAUGGGGAAUGUCCAGUCGCAAGAGUCGUCAUCCGUCUGGUAUAUCAUAAACGAUGACAAUUGCCCUUGUGGAUGGCACAGAUUCGAAGCAUCGUGUUUUCUUUUCACUAACAUCUACAUGACAUGGAAUGACUCCGUUGCAUACUGCCGGAUAUUGGAUGCUAGACUAGCCGAGGCGGACAGUAAGAAAAAGGACUCCUUCAUUCGAGGAAUCGCAGCCACUACAUCCGGAAGCUUUUGGCUGGGUGGAUCCGAUAGCGAUCAGGAAAAUACCUGGUUGUGGACUGCUUCCAAUUUGUCGAUGACAAAAUACGAUAACUGGGCUCCUACCAACCCAAACAAUUAUGGCGGACAGGGGGAAAACGCUGACUGCAUAUGCAUCGGGUCAUGGUUAAAGUUUUAUUGGGACGACUGUAACUGCUGGGAGGAGCAGGCCCCUGUGUGUGAGAAACCAGUCAUAUAGUCUUUCUACUGGAAACACCAUACAAGACAUCACAACAUCCUCCUUAGAUAUAGUUCUUCUCAUUACUGAAUUAUACUAUCUAUUUUCAAAUAAGUAUUUACGGAAAUCGGACAUAAGUAUUACAGUUCUUUUUAUCUGAAUGUUGAUUUUAAACUAGUUUUCAAGAGAAAUGUAAUGCAGCUUUGUCACAGACAGCGCAAAAUUUAAUAAUAUGGACAACAAUGGGAAAAAAGACAAAUAUCUAAAGGGGCAUUCCUUCGUUCGGACAUCAGAAAGGUGCACAAUUUGUUUUGAUGAAAUAUAUGUCCGAACAAUGAUCAUAUGAGUGUCUGUGCCUACAUGUAAUGGAAUUAACGCCAAAAUAUACAAGAAAAGGGCGUAUCUUAUACAAAUGCCGUGUGUCUUUGCGGUAAUUAGUGAUACUUCAGGUAUAAUGAAGAAUGUUCAGGACGCAAUACUCAAAGAACUUUGUUUUAUCUUGAGAGUAAAACUGUCUUUUUAUUGUUAAGAUUAUAACUUUAACUACGUGGAAAAAUACAUAUUUUCCAGUAAGUUUAAUUUUGACGACCUAAACUUUAUUCAAACGAAGGAAUGCCCCUUUAAAUGCUUAAGAUUUUUAAUAUUCCAAAGGUCGUCAGGUCUCUUCGAUAAUAAAACAAAUAGUAGAUGCUGUAGUUUCUUGAUUUUCUCGUACAUAUUUUUCAUUCCUUUGGUUUUGUUGUAAUAACUGACUAGGAAGACGGCACUUAAUUUUACUCCAGACAGAAUCCGUCCUCAUCGUGUCUAUGGGAGUGUGCAGAUACACAUUACUGCUUCAGUCACAGCUCCGAAACAUGUUCUCCAGAGGAACCAGUCAUCGUAAAUAUGAGAUAUCGUUCCCUGGAGUUUCCUAACUGCUCUCAUAUGUAAUUUUCUUUUGUCGUACUAAAAAAGAAUAGAAAAAUCCAACGACAUCUCAUAGCUGUUCAAUACGAGGAUAUGCGCACAAGAGCUUAAAUUAAACAAUAUGGAUUUGAUUGACGAUCAUUUUUUUUGUGUUCAGUCUCUUUCGAAAAUAUUAAACGUGUCUCUCAUGUGAUAUUGUACAAUUUAUUUCUAUGAAGCGAUAUUGACUUCAGUACAGUCAAACUAAAACUAAAGCAAAUUGUGAGGGGCAGUUGUACACAAUCGAACUGCUAUUAUCGAUAAUGAAUCGAACUCUAAUAGCUUAGGGGGAAUAACUGCGACAAGAAUAGGCGGUAGACAUAACGGAUAUCAUGGAAAUGAACUUGUGAUCUUCUUGAUGCUAUCACAGAAAACGGAGACCGGUGAAACUAGGCAAUACGCUCACAAGCUGAGACAUCACCAUCAAGGUUUAAAGUUAUCAGACUUAAGUUCUAUUUUUUCAUGUGUAUGUGUUUAUAUCUGAAUAAAAUAAUUGGAAGAU